CCUCACCUCAGGGGGUCGGCCGCGGUAACAGCGGGGCGCUGGGGGCCCUGUCACCGCCUUCUCCCUCCCCCCGCCUCAAACCACCUACCCCCCCACGGCUUCUCCCCCGGCUGGCGAAGGGCGGGAUAGCCCCGUGAGGGUCCAAAGAAAAAUGCAGACGGAGGAGCACUUCCAGGCACGCUUUGAAAGAAAACUGUCCUCCACCUUGGGUGGAGUGCUGCAAAUCUCUCGAGAGAACAGACGGCUGCGCUGCAGCUUCUCCUGGAGAAGGUUCAGAAAGAUCACGCUCAAGAUGUUCCCUAUCCUGAACUGGCUGUUUUCAUAUCGGUUCAGAGAAUGGAUUUUGAGGGAUCUACAUGCAGGCCUAAGCGUUGGGGUGUUUCAGAUUCCUCAAGCACUUUUAGGAGUUUGGCUGACCAGGUUACCUCUGCCAAAUAUCAAUGGCUUCCUUUCUACGUUCUGCUGCUCGCUGACAUAUGUUAUAUUUGGGACUUCGUAUCAUAUCUCAAUUGGCUCGUUCAGCAUCCUGAACAUGGUGGUGGCAAACAUUGCGAAGUCUCCUAAUUUCACCCAAACAUUGUCCUCUAGUGGUUCACCCAACAAUUUCUCAGACCCUACAUUUAUGAAAAAUUACAUGGAGGCCUUGACACUUACUGCAUCAGUAACAUUUUUGACUGGCAUCAUUCAGUUGCUGCUGGGCUGCUUUUGCCUGGGCUUUGCAACAACAUACGUGCCAAAGACUCUCAUUGAUGCUUACCUCACUGCUGCUGCAUUGCAUGUCAUCGUAUCACAGUUCACCUUUAUCUUUGACAUCAUGGUAGACUUCCACAAGGGUCCCAUGGGCAUUUUUAAUAACCUAUUUCAUUACUUCCUGGCUCUCUCAAAAGCUAAUGCCACCAGCAUAUUGCUAUUUUUGCUUGGCAUGGCUGUGCUUCGCAUCAGUAAAUUCAUCAGGAUAACUUAUAAACUUUAUCCUAUUGCAUUUCCUAUGGAACUUCUCUUGAUUAUCGCAGCUACCGUUGUUUCUAAUUGCAUUCGUGUUCACGCUGAAUCCAGUAGUGCUGUGGUCAGUAUGAUUCCGCAGAGGUUUCUGCCUCCUACGCUGCCAGAUUUAUCAAACCUGAGCAAGAUCAUACAGCAUGCCUUCUCCCUUGCUGUUGUAAGCUAUUUCCUUCUUGUUUUUGUUGGGGAGAAGUAUGCUUCACUCCACAACUACAGCAUUGCCAGCAAUCAGGAGCUAGUAGCAGUGGGGCUAUGCAAUAUUUUCAGCUCAUUUUUCAAAAGCUUUGUUGUCAGCUGUGCUAUUUCUGGAACUGUCAUUCAAGAGAAGACAGGGGGGAAAACACAGUUGGCAGCAGCGAUUGGAGUAUCUGUGAUGCUGGUGAUUGCACUGAAACUGGGACACUUUUUCCAGGCGAUACCUAACGAUAUGCUGGCUGCUAUUGUGGUAUUUAACAUGCUCCCUUUUCUUGAAAAACUUCUGGAUGUCCCCAUCCUGUGGAGACGGGAUAAGUAUCAUUUUGCUAUUUGGCUUGUAACUUUCACUGCAGUGCUUUGUUUUGGGCUUGAUACCGGUUUAGAGAUCGCCAUGGGAUUUACUUUCUUGAUCAUCACCAUUAGGUCACACAGAAUGAAGAUGAUGGUGCUGGGACAGAUUCCAAACACGAAUAUUUAUAGAAGUUUAUCCGUCUACAGAGCCGCAAGGGAGAUUGAAGGUAUCAAAAUCUUCCAGUGCUGUUCUUCCAUCUCUUUUGCAAACAUGAAUCACUUCAAAACCUAUUUGUUCCACAAGAUGGACGUGAAAGCAGCACCUCUAGAUGAAAGUGAAAUGAGGGCUUUAAUUGGUCCGUCUGACAGGGCAGUGGAAAGAAAAGAUCUUAAAUGCUCUUGUGUCUGUCAUCCAACUCCACCACCACUUAGGAUACCAUAUACAGAGAAACUGGUGAAGCUACGCCACACAGAUACCGAAUCCUCAUCAUCUUUGGUUAAUUUGGUCCAUUGGUCAAAGUAUGGAGGCAGACUCAGCUCGCAGAUAUUCUUGAUAGGAGCGGACAAUGUAGCCUCAGGCUUUAACGUGGGACUUCCGACCGAAAAAAAGGAGGAUGAAGGGAGAAGAGCUUGCCAUUCAUCAGUCUCUGCCAUUGAUAAUUCCUCAGUGCAGUUAGAUCAGGAAGAACAGCGCGUGUAUUGGCCAUGUACAGUUCACACCAUCAUUUUAGACUUCAGCAUGGUACAGUUUGUGGAUUUGACAGGUUCCGAGUUACUGCGACAGAUCAUCCAUAUGUUCCACAAUAUUGGCAUUACAGUCCUUCUAGCUGGCUGUCACUCCUCUGUGAUGGCAGACUUUGAGAAGAAUGAUUUCUUUGACGGCUGCGUCACCAAAGAAAGGUUCUUUCUGACUCUUCACGACGCUGUGCUGGCUGCUUUGGACACGCAUCAAAGGCCAGAUGGGCUAGAACCUGCUGCUCAAGAGUUUGCUGAGGAACCACCAGCUGACCAGAAGGAAAAAAGUUUGAAGAAGAAUAGAAAUUUUCCCUCUUCAAAGAGCUCUGACAGCAAACUUCUGCCCAAAGAGGUAAUAUCGGGUAUCUCAAGCUCAAACCAGAGUGAAGCAGAGCCAAGCUCUCUCCAGCAGUACGAUUCCCCACCCCUCCAAUCGGAUUUCCAGGACCCGAGCUGGGGGAAGAGGUGGAAAUACACCAACAAUCCCUGAAUUACUGGGAUUUCACUAGAGAGGAAAAAGGUACAGUUAAGCAAUGGUUCUGGUGCUUUUACCAGCCUUCAAUCCUCUAUUUCUUUUUUUUUUUUUUUCUGUUCCAGAGUUCUUAAAAUAGAGAGCCUGACAAACACCUCCAGUAAUUCUGUUGUUUUAAACAAAAAGCAACAUUUAUGUUACUGCUUUCCAGCAUUUUCAAAUAGAUGUGCUGCCGAGCAAUGCUGAAAGCAGAGAAAUUUCAGUUUAUAAUUCCUAGUUUUGUAGCUAAUUCUAGCAAAUGAUUUGCACUUGUUUUCUGAAAUUCUUUAAAUUUCAGUUUAAAUGUCCUAAUUUAGCAUUUCUCAGAUAUUUAUUGCUUGGUAGUAAGUAAAAUUAAUCUGCCCUAUUUCAACAGGUUACAUGCAGGCAGUUUUGUUAUUUUCAGAUGUAUUUAGAAUGAUGCAAAUCUUCAAAGAAAACAUUUUAUUGUUACUCUUCAGCACUUUGCCGAAGUUGAUAUUGUCUGCACUAACGUAACACAGUGUCCAUCCAUUAUUUCUGCCUCAGUCCCUUUCUAACCCACCAGAACUAAAUCCAAAUAAAAAAUCUAUUUUUUUUUU